AUGGGUUUGGAUCCUAUGAACCAACCUAUAGCGAAGAAUGCGGCGGACAGAUCUUUUAUGGACAAGUCAUUUGCAAGAGUUACGCAAAUACUCGAUAAGAUGGCAAAACACAAUCAAGCUUGGCAUUCUGAGGAUACUUCGGGCGGAGUUGCAUAUGGUUCUCCUUCCUUGACCAACUUGAUCAAGGAGAAUCAAGAGAGGGACCAAAUAAUUGCAGGGUUGGCCACAAAUGUAAAUGUGUUGACAAAAAUGUUCGCGGAAAAUCAAACCAAAAAGGUGAAUGUAGUCGAGGAUGUGCAACCCAUCUCCAAUGAAGAGUUUGAAGAAGCUAACUACAUCAACAACCCUCAAGGAGGGUAUCAAAGACAACAUUAUCAGGGUCAGGGGCAACAAAGUCAAUGGAGGCCAAACCCGCAAGGGCAAGGCAACCAACAAUGGAGACAUGACCAAGGUGGCUCAAACCAAGGGAAUUGGAACAACAACAACAACUUUUCUAACCGGAGUUCAAACCCCUAUGUUCCUCCAAAGGGUCAAUAUUCGAACCAAGGGUCUUCUAGUGAAUCUAAGUUGGAAGCUAUGCUUGAGCCAGUGUUGCAAAAUCAAGAAAAAUCCGAUGCUUCCAUAAGGAACACGACCGAGGUAGUGGGAGUGGCCCAGCUUCUCACGAUCACUACUAGGAGUGGGAAAGUGCUACACGGAGAGGGUGAACAAAUGGUUGAAGAAGAAGAGUCCGAACAAAGGGUUGAGGUUGAAGAGCCAAGUGUUGUCAAGGUUGAAAAGAUUCCGGAGGAGGUGAAAGUGCAAAAAGAGAACCGGGAAGAGGUGAAGGAAAAAGUGAAAGAGACACCAAAAGCUCUUCCACCUAUUCCUAGACCUCCUCCCCCAUUUCCUCAAAGGCUCGUAAGAAAGAUUGAUGAUAGCAAACUUGAAAAAUUCUACGACAUCCUCAAGCAAUUAACGGUGAAUAUUCCUUUUGUGGAAGCUUUUCAAGAGAUGCCGGGGUUUGCUAAAUAUUUGAAGGAUUUGAUCACCAAAAAGAGGACCACAAAGAAUGAGUGGUAA